AUGUUCAAAAUCAUAGUUAUAGGAACUCUACUAUUUUGUGGACUAACACAAGUUUGUUCCAAUCAAUUUGAGCCAAGUGGAUCAAGUGUGAACAAUGAGGAAUACCAAAGGCUAAUGGAGUUGCGUCCUUUUGCUGUCCAGCUCAUGCAGCAAUUUGGAAAUAUCACACAAACUGACUUGGAUUUGCGACUUGACAACCGCCUUCCCAAUCAGCAGGACCUGCUGUGUCUGGCUGACAUGGCCCAGCUGAUGAGUGGAUUAUCCUCUCGCAGCUAUUGGGCACUCAGAAUGAUUGAUUCGUGGGGAUCGAUUCCAUCUGGAAUACUCUAUGGAAAUUUCUUUGACAUGGGCAACUACGAUGAGUGCAUAAAAACCUAUAAAGCGAUAACAGAUAGUCAUAGCAUAAGAGGGAAAUACUGCUUUGCCAAGAUUUCCUUCCGUGCGACUCUGAAGAUUGCAGUUUGCUUUCCCUCCUCAUGUUCGGCAGAGUUAAUGGAUACCUUUAUAGGGCAAAUUGCAAACAGGUUACUCAAUGUGACUAUAACCAAGAAUAUUGUGGAUGAAGCAACCUGUUCAACGGCUGAAAAGGAACCCUUUGAUGCAGCCACUAUAUUAAUCAUUGUAAUACUGUCAGUUCUGGCUGCUGCUAUGAUUUUAGCCACGCUCUGCGACUAUUUCAUUUGUAGAGAUCAGAAUAAAUUGCCAAUAAUUAUUAAAGCCUUCUCCGCACGUGCCAAUUCUCGUGCUCUCUUUCGUCUCGUCGAACCCAAAUCGAAUCCCAACGUCAUCGAUUGUGUUCAUGGCAUGAGAUGCUUGUCUCUCAUCUGGGUUAUCUUCGGUCAUCAAUAUAUUGUAUCACUUAGUUCACCUAAAACUAAUUACGUGAGCCUUCUAACUUGGCUUCAAUCGUUUUUCGCAAGUUUCAUAUUACAUGGUCCCUUCUCAGUUGAUACAUUCUUCUUUUUAAGUGGCCUGUUGUUGGUAAUGAUUGCUCUACGGUCGCUCGAAAAAUCCAAAGGCCAAAUGAAUAUUCCAAUGAUGUAUCUCCAUCGCUAUCUACGGCUCACUCCUGUCUUGGCUUUAGCUAUUCCCAUGUACAUGAAGCUUCUUCCUCUAAUGAGUGAUGGUCCUGUGACUGACAGAGUUAAUUUUGGCGACUUCGACGUUUGCAAACGCACUUGGUAUUUGUCUUUACUCUAUGUUCAGAACUAUGCAACUAAAGAAAUCUGUCUUGGUCAUACUUGGUAUCUGGCUGUAGAUAUGCAACUGUAUAUUCUAUCGCCAAUUUUUCUUAUCUCGCUAUACAAGUGGGGUAAGAAAGCCGCUGGGGGAAUCUUUGUACUCAUGCUUCUACUCUCUGGCUGCCUUUUUGCCACAAUGAUGACAAAUAAGUACGGUGUCUUCUUGGACUUUGAGGGUCAACGCAAGCUCUACUAUGCCACACACGUUCAUGCAGCACCUUGGCUGAUCGGACUCCUAUUUGGCUAUUUCCUGCAUUUAAAUCGCAACAAGUCUUUCAAGCUGAUUCGCAUUUCGAUUUGGUUGGGUUGGAUAGUCAGCUUGGCCCUCUUGUUUACUUCAUUGUUUGCUCUGUAUCCAGCCGCUCAGUCGGAUGCAGCAGCUCUGACCAUAUUGGAGCAGGCCUUUUAUUAUACACUGACUCGAAUCGCGUGGCCCCUUUCCUUGUGCUGGGUAGUAUUUGCCUGUAUGAAAGGAUAUGGAGGAUUGGCUGACAGUUUCCUCUCCUCACCAUUAUGGCAACCACUCUCAAGACUUUCCUACUCUGCCUAUAUCUACCAUGUCUAUAUACAGCUGGUGAAUGAUAAACGAGUGCGAUCACCAUCGUAUUUAUCGGACUACGACAUGAUGUUGUCCUUUUGGGGAACUUUCAGCUUCACUGUGCUGAUGGCUUAUGUGAUGCACAUCAUUUUGGAAGCACCCUUGGGAGCUCUCGAAGGCAUUCUCUUGUCUCAACGUCGCCCAAAGCAAAGGACUGAAGUAUUAAAUAAGACCCAAGCUGAUACAAGUUGA